UUUUAACCAACAUGUGGGAACAAAUUUUAGUUAUCGCUUUGAAGGUAGAUCCAAUCAUUCAAACUUUCCUGUGAAUCUUUAGCUUAUAUCAAUGCAAUGCAUGAUGUCGACUCCGAAAAACAGUAACUAUACUUUUGCAUUGGAAUUCUUGACGGUAGGAAAAUCAAGUUAAGGAACAUUUUUGUUCCUCAUUCCUGGAUGUAUAUACAUAGGUGAAGUAACAAAUUGAUUGCUUCAAUCUAUCAAAUAGAAAUUAGAAUACCAGUUUCAUGGUUCUUUGGCAAGACAUACAUACAUACGUUUAUAAGAGAGAGAGUACAGCCAGAAUGAUCAGAAACAAGAAACUUGACAGAAUGGCAAAGAAGUGGCAAAAAAUUACUAUCAUGAGGAAGGAAAGAAUUUCUUUACCAGGGACAUCUAAUGCAAAAGCUAUUGCAGGCAGCGUUGAUGAAUCAUCGGUGGCUGAAAAAGGUCAUUUUGUUAUCUACACCACAGAUCAGAUGCGCCAUGUUGUGUCCUUAUAUCUCAGCAAUAACAUAUUUGUUGAACUCUUAAAGCUGUCUGAGGAGGAAUUUGGUCUAUCAAGUCAUGAUCCUAUAAAGUUGCCUUGCGAUUCAGCCUUGCUGGAAUACAUAGUCUUCAUUGUCCAACAAGGCUUGGAUAAACACUUGGAGAAAGCUCUGCUUAGUUCCAUUUCUCCUGGUCGCUACUCCCUUUGCGCUUCUUUCCAUCAAGGACAGACGGGCCAACAUUCAUUUGUUUGUGGAUACUGAACAGAUCACAGUUGAAUCAUGUAAUGAUUGAAACUACCAUAGUGUAAUAUAGAAGUUGUACUCUAAAAUACUUAAAUUACAAUGGAAUGCAACAGCAAUAUUA